CCUGGUGAUGCUAACGCCUAUGUAGAAAUACUGAAAAAAUGCUGGGCAACAGGAUCACGACUAGAGCUUCUGACAUCACAUAUCCUGAAGUAUGCGAGCAGCCUCGCAGAAAGUCAAACCCUCGUACCGACUCACCGUGCAAACGACUACCUAGAUAUCAUUGUGAACGACUAUUUCACGUGUUUUCAUUGGAAACUCAAGGUCUCAGAGGAACUGCCAUCCGACGUGUCUCCCGUAUCUCACUGUUCUGAGACGCUCACCCCGUUAGAAUCCCUUCAAAAGCAGCGCAAAAUUACAGCCAUGCGCAAGACUCUACGUAAUUGGUUUGACAACCGUUCCAAAGCUGUGCGCAAGGUCGGCCCCCGCAUGAAACCCGAGAACAAUCCAUGGCCAUGUCUUCUUUCCCAGUUGUCCAGCGUCUCACUACACAAGCCCAGAACCCUGCAAGCUCAACAGCAGUGGUCCAAGGAUUUCUACGAAAGCAUUGUGAAAGAAAGGUUCGAGGCACAGUGGGAACUUUCAUCUUGCCCUCCGGCAGAGAAACCCUCGUUCCGCGAACAUGUCAUGCGGACUAUUUUUGAGGAGCAAGAACCAUCGGUCAUCAAAAAAUAUGAAGCACUCGCCCAGACAGAAGGCAAAGAGGCGGUCAAGAAAUGUAAGGCCUCGUUGGAAAGCUCUCCUCCUACUGACCCAGUUUCUCGUCAAGCUGCUCUCGAUAGACUUGCGUCAUUUGCAGGACCUCUGCUAUCUGGAAUCUCAUGUGCGCUGGGCAUGCACGUCACCCUGAUGGUUGGCGGACCCGAACCGCGCAAGCAAGGCAAAAUUAGUGUAAUCAGCAUGCACGAGGGUGUCAAUCUUCAACCACAGCCGGGAAAUUGGCAGACGGCUAACAAGGAAAAAUUCAAGAUCGUCACCAAGCUUUUUCAGGAAUUUCUCAAUGGCUGCUACACCGAAGAGGAUCGCUGUGAUCGGAAGUUUCCAGACACUCCCGCCAAAGACCUGGAAGAUUCUGACGGUCUCCUAGCACAUCCCAACUCUGACACCGCCAUGGCAGAAGAGACGACAUUAACCACAUCGACCAAUGACAAAGGAAAGGCAGUCAAAUGGCCUGCCAAGAGCAAACGACGCUUGACAGCAGUUCACGACGACAACGGUGAAGUAACCACCGAUACGGACUCUCCGGAUGGAUCGGAUCCCGAUGAUGACGAUGACGAUCAGUCUCCAGCCGACGGGAUAUGGGAGUACCGCCGUUCUCAACUCCCCCACUCGGCAGCCCGCCUCACCUAUGUCAACCGUCGCACUGGCAGCCCUAUCACAACCAAGAAGGGCCCUUCCGAUAUCAAUUUUAGGCAUUUUGUUCCUUCCAGCAAUGCACACACCAACGGAACUCUCAUCCUGGCUGGGGACACCAACCAAAUUCCUAAUUCAGUUGGAGCAGAACGCAGUAGAUCGGCACUGCCCUCGGAUUCUGAACCACCUCUUCCUGAAGUGGCAAAUUCACAGCCUACUCCCGCUUCCCCUUCAGAACCGCCUACGCGAGUUUCGGGGCUUCUUCUAUCCCCUCGUGUAGACAACGCCAUCUGCUCACUCGCUCAGGACAGUCAGAAUGAUGAUAUUGAUUCACAGCCCACUCCCGUGUCCCCUUCAGAACCGCCUAUGCAAGAUUUGGAACUUCUUCUAUCCCCUCGUGUAGACAACGCCGUCUGCUCACUCGCUCAGGACACGAUCGAAUAUCUCACCGCCCCCCAACUUCCCUCUCGAUAUAAUGCUCUACUCACAACUUUUUUAGAGCUUGAGAAGUCUUCUGGAUUCUCGUCUGGGAAGGGUACUGCCUCUCUCAGCAGCAAAGAUCGCCCACUUGCAAUUCACUGGUGGAUUUCCCGUGCACAUACAGGCCAGCCGCCUAUCCCCGAGAACUUCGGCACAGCAUGCUGGAGUUGGUGGUGUGGGAUUCAGCCCACGUGGGGGAACAUAUCGCCAUCCAAUGAAGUCCCUCGCCAUAAUGGUAAUGAUUGGAGUCUUCUCGACAAACCCAGGAAAAACGGCUUCUGGAGUGUAUUGGCCGCGCUAAAAUGGUGGGGUUGUGCUAACAGUACUGGAUGCGACGACCCCCUUUGGCAUACAGCUGUAGACGAUGUAAAAUGGGUGAUGGAAUGUAUCACAGAAUCUCGC